GGCGCUUGUAUUGUUAGGUCGCAUUGUAAUGCGAAUACAAGAAUAUCUCUAGCUGCUGUCAACCCACCUCCCACUCCUUAUUCUCGCGUAGCUACGCAAUCAAGGCACAAUCACCUCGCAGCUCAUAGGCACGUUUCACUACGGUGAUGACAGACUCCCCACCGUUUGGCUACCAAGUCCAGGACGAACAAGGUAGGUCUAUCGAUCUACUUGAAGAUGAUGUCCGUUGCUUCGAUACCACUUGAAGCUUUGUGAGUCACGAACAAAGAAUUCUUAUACUAUUCGGCUGUGCGAGGGUAGCAUCCGCCGCCUCACGCGAGGACGCCACCUCAUGUAAGGAUAAAAGCUGUGGGGCAGACGGCUGAAAUCGGUGCCUGCCCUUCCCGACUGAAUCCUCUCUCUUUCUCGUUCGUCUACCAUUUACCCUCUGUCCAAUGACCGACUCCUCGCCACAUAGUCACCAAUUCACCGAAGAGUAUCCAAGCGGCUCAUUCACUGUGAAGAUGGACAUUUUUGACGCCACAUACAACGAUGGUCCCUGCAAGCCCCUUAUCUUCGACCCAGAGUUCGAUGCUAGCCAUUUUAAGAGCAUCUCUCACGGGCAAAGCGCGACCCUCGACCACAAGGAUGCCGGGAAUGUGGAAUUUAGCAUACGUGUGCCGGCCCGAACUCCGAAGAGGCGCCAGGCUCUCAUAACGGAACCAGUGGCGACGCUUAACCCGGAAUAUCUGAACCCUUAUGACAGCCGGAUCAGCACGCCCGAACUCUGCCAUAGCCCGAACUCGGAGUACAGCCCAUUGGACACGACAUCCGACUUACUCGCGGGGUUGGUGGCGUCGCCCAUACAAGACUUGGUCCGCAUCACAGAAGAUCCUGGCGAAAUGUGGCUCAAUACUCACGAAGGAGAGGCGUCCUUGUUGGAGCACCCACCACCGCCUAAACCUGGUUUCGUGAAGGAGUUGCCAAGGAUGUCGCUGGAUCCACCGUCGUUCGACGGUUGCAUGUCGGAUCCCGACAACCUCUACCUCGGGCCUCCGCCCCCAGCUCCGAUCUCAGCAACGUUCCAUGGUACGAAUAGCGCCUUCGUCGCAGUGCCCUUGCCUCAGCGCGUUGUGCGUCCUCUCCCGCGGCAAGGUCGCAAUCAGCCCAGCCGUACACAGACAAUCGAGAUGACGGGCCCGGACAACGAUGAGCCCAGUAAACGGAAUUGCGACACUAACGUGGUUAUGGAUGAGCCCGAAAGUAUACCUGACGCGGACAAAGAUGAGUACAAACCGGUCUCAGGAGGUAGCGGAAAGCGCAAGGCCAUGCUUGAUGUCCCUAGUGAACGGCAAAAGCGCACCAGGACAGAGAGCCAGUCGCCAGCGACAUGUUUCCAUUGUCAAACAACUUUUGCUAGAUCCCAGGAUCGGAAGCGCCAUGAACAGCGUUGCAUCGUGCCCGCGCUGUACAUUCUUGUGGACUAG